CCACCCAACCGGAGACGGAUUUCCGAACCGAAGUGUAGCAAGCCUGUACUGUACUUUGUUUACGUCCAGUUGGUUAGCUGACAGCUGUUGUAGAGCUUUACCCUCACAAACAACCGUGUCUGUAUGUCUCUAGUGGUUGCCUCGGACUUCGCAAACUUUAAACCGAGUGUUCUGGAUGCCCUGGAUGGGAUGUUUUGUUGAAUGAGGGGGACCCGCUAGAUGCCGACAGGAGGAUGAACUCCAUCACCGGUCGGGUUCUCGCCAUCCCCGCCGCCUCUGUCACCAACUCUGGAGCUUCAUCCUCUCGAGCAUUACAUGUAGAGCUCACAUCCCAGCAGAGACGGUUGCGUCAUCUUCGGAGCAUCGCGGCCAGAAACAUUGUCAACAAGAAUGGCUCCCCGCUGCUGGACACUUACUUCACCCUCCACCUCUGCAUAGGAGACCGCAUCUCUAGAGAUUUUUACAAGAGUGAAGUCAUACGAGACUCGCUGAAUCCGACGUGGCGGAGCCUGGACUUUGGCAUGCUGCCGGACCUUCUGGACACCUCGGUGUCUUGCUUCGUGGUGAGGAUCUGGGGAGGACAGGAGGAACAGUACCAGCUCCUCAUAGAAUGGAAGGUCAAUCUGGAUGGCCUCAGAUACACAGGGCAGCAGAUUCGGUCCAGGAAUCCAAAUGAGAUAAUAUUUGGAUUGAAUGAUGGCUACUAUGCAGCUGACUUUGAUCAUAAGGACCAGUCAGAGCGGAAGAAAAACAGUCUGCUUCAAGUCGACCAGAGUUCAGUCAGAAACUCCUACAGUGUGUUCUCUUUGCUCAGACUUCACACAGCCCAGAGAGCCAUCAAGCAGACCCAAGUGACAGUGCAAAAGAUCGGGAAGGAGAUCGAGGAAAAGCUAAGGACGACUGCAACCUGCACGGAGCGGAAGAAAGAGCGGGAGUGCAUGCAGCUGCGGCUAGCCGUGCUGCGCAGUGAACUGCAGCGGCAGAGGAAGGCGCUUGGCAGGGAGAUAGACCUGCGGCAGAAGGACAACGCACAGCUUCAGAAGAAAGAGGACGCAUUCUCUGCUCAGCACGAGGGUCUGAAGGAGGAGAAAGAAUCCUUAACCAAGCUGCAGAAGGAAUGCACUGCCAAGAGAGAGCAGUUCCUCAAGUCCAACGCCCAGCUCACCUUCCGCUGCCGCCAGCUCCUCUCUGAGCUUUCCUACAUCUACCCCAUUGAUGUGGCUAAUCAGUCCGAUUAUGUCAUCUGCGGAGUGAAGCUGCCAAACUCUGAAGAUUUUCAAGCUAAGGAUGAUGGGAGCGUGGCCGUCGCCCUGGGUUACACGUCGCACCUGGUCCUGAUGAUCUCGUGCUUCCUGCAGAUCCCUCUUCGAUAUCCGGUGAUCCACAAGGGUUCACGCUCCUCCAUCAAGGACACCAUCACCGACAGACUCACUGAGAAGGAGCGAGAAUUCCCUUUGUACCCCAGAGGAGAGCGCUUUCAUUUUGAAUAUGGUGUCUACUUACUCAACAAGAACAUUGCCCAGCUGAGAUAUCAACAUGGCUUGACCACCCCAGACCUGCAGCAGACAUUACCCAACCUGAAGAACUUUCUGGAGCAUGGUCUGCUGGUCCGAUGUGACAGACACCAGGUCUCAAGCACCAUCCCAGUUCCGACCAAGUCUCAGCUUGGUGUGUCUGCUGCCUCAGAGACAGACUACCCCCGCCAAACCAGCUCCCCAGACCGAGGCCUUAGAAAAAGAGCGAGCUCAGAAGCCGAUAAGUACAAGCCAACUCCUUCCCCCAGUCGUAACACAGCUGUGGGGGAAGAGCAGCCCCCGGUUGGCCUGGCACCACCCUCGCCUUCACCUAAACACCUAUCCUCCUCCCUUGAUGCCGGCAUGACCUCACUUAACCUGGCAAAGACUACGGAGUACAACAAGGAGGGAGAGCAGAAGGAGGAGAAGAAGGAGGGAGAGGAGACACCUGCUGAGACAGCUGAUGAGGUGGAGAGACGCAGAAGCGUUGACAGAGACUCUGAAGUAGAAAAAGAAGAAGAGACUGAGGUGCAACUGCCCACUGGCACCAUUUCGCCCAACUCUUUUACAGUGCAGGACACUUGUGAUGAAACUGUUCCAGUUAGUCAACACACAGGAGCCAUGAACGGUUCGUUGGUACCAGCACAGGCACCUGUUAGCCUGGUCCCAGAGGUGGGUUGCUCUGUGGAGCAAGCUGAGGAGAUCAUGGGCACAGAGGCCACAGGUUUAGGUUUGGGGUUGGGGAUAGGGUUGGGGUUAGGGUUAGGGCUAGCAGAUGAGGCCCAGAUGGAAGACUACCGCUGCAUCCCUGUGGACCACGCAGUAGCUGUGGAGUGUGAUGAACAGGUGCUGGGAGAACUGGACGUCGCUGGCUUUGAGGAGUUCUCCAGACGCAUCUAUGCACUAAAUGAGAACAUGUCCAGCUUCCGCAGGCCACGCAAGAACUCUGAUAAGUGAGGCAGAGGACCUAAAGAGAGAUGAAGGCACGAAAAAACUUGCAUAGGGGGUUUGGACAAAUAGAAGGAAGGGACAUGAGGACAAGGGUGGGGUCCCCACUCCCUUAUUGCAGCAUCAAAAAUCAUCUGAGCUAUUCUGGAAUAAUGACCAAUUUGCACUUGUAAACAGUUCCAUGGUAAUCUUUUAAAUGGAAUACAGUUAAAAGUGCAAGUAUCGGGACAGUAAGCUUUUAUUUUAUUUUUGAUGCCAGCAUUAAUAUAUUUUUAACAGUGGAUGGCGCAAUGAAUCAUCAUUCAUACAUUUUUAUUCACAAAAUAAUUUGGCCUCCCAAAGUACAGUUAUUGUAGUCUGUUGGUCCAUAACAGGGGACCAUUAAUGUCAAAUGACAAACUGUGUACAGCAUCACUCAUGCUCUGUUAUCAAACUCUUACUGCAAUAACAGCCCAGAUUCACAUCCACAAUACAUCAGUGUAUAAAGAUAUUUCAAUGCAGCUGCUUUUUGUGAAAUCUUUUCAAUCAUAGAAUCAUUAACAAACAGUACGCGCACACAUCGAAAGGUUUUAUCAACAUUAGCUGUCCCAGUACUUGCACCUUUUGAGUGUUCAAAUAAAUGUUUAGACGCUUCCCGAGCCUUCAUUCAGGGUGCAUGACAGUUGGUGUGUGUAGGAGGGAGGACGGGAUGUGAAUGUGUGUGCCGGGGCUUCACAUUAGCAUGCAGCCGCAGUCACACAAUCGCAGUUAGGUUUCAAGUAACCCCACCAAUGACCUUUGGACGCGGCAUGGUUUCGCCACCACAAAGUGAGGUGGGAGCCGGAGGCAGUAGCCCAAUCAGAGACUCCCUAACUGUGACCCACGGCGCCCCCCCUCAGCAGCUCAAACCAGCCGUCAUUCACACGGAGUUAGGGUUCUCCUUCAGGUCUUUAGAUGUGGAUCAGGUGACAGGUUUGAGUGUACAGCACAUGGCAGGGAUACAGUGCAAAUCUUUUUCUGUCCAUCUCCAUGUCCUGCUUUUCUCAUUUUAUUUUUUUGCGUUUUAAUAAACCCCAUCAUUAUUAACAUCAAUGUUAAUGUUACGGCCACUGACUCAUAUUCAGUAGACCAAAAAAUUAAAUUGUGUGUUCUGUUGGAAUGUCUCACUCAGGCUAUACUUUAAGUUUUAAUAGCAAGUGUCUCAAACCCAUUGUCUGUGAUUUUGUCCCAUGUCUGUAUGUUCUGAAUGCUUCUUGCACAGGUAUUCAAUUAUUGCGUUAUUUAUGUCUCAACAAUUUGUUUUGAAGAAAAUCAAUAUUUAGUUUUAUGUUACCCACUCACAUGGGAUGUCGCUAAUUAAUAAUGUCAAAUGUUAAACUGAUUUACCAGUGUCUGCCCCUCAGUAAAAAGAUGGACUCUCCACCGGCUGCCCACUUUGUAUUUCAUAUGCAGUACCGUGGUGGCUGACUGUUUAGAAGUAUUGUAUUAAAACUAAAAGAUGAACCAUGUUAAAUCAUUUCCAUAAAAUGCUAUACAGUUCAGUAAGUGACCAUGUACAGAUACUUUUGUAUGGAGGGUUUCUUUUGUUAUUAAAGACUUGCAGUCCAAUGGCA